AAGGCGGUCGGACGGAGCGGAGGCACUUCCGGCGGGCGGCGUGAGGAGCCCCGGCGGGCGGCGUGAGGAGCCGCGGCGGGCGGGAGGGCCGCGCCAUGGGCAUCCUAGAGAAGAUCUCCGAGAUCGAGAAGGAGAUCGCCCGCACCCAGAAGAACAAAGCUACCGAGUACCAUCUCGGCCUGCUGAAGGCAAAGCUUGCGAAAUACAGAGCUCAGUUAUUAGAACCUUCCAAAUCCUCUGCUGCUAAAGGAGAAGGCUUCGAUGUGAUGAAAUCUGGAGAUGCCCGAGUGGCACUGAUUGGUUUUCCUUCUGUGGGUAAGUCCACGUUUUUGAGUUUAAUGACCUCAACUGCCAGUGAAGCUGCAUCUUAUGAGUUCACAACCCUGACAUGUAUCCCAGGAGUCAUAGAAUACAAAGGAGCCAAUAUUCAGCUGUUGGAUCUGCCUGGAAUCAUCGAAGGAGCGGCACAAGGGAAGGGCAGAGGUCGGCAGGUGAUAGCUGUGGCCAGGACAGCAGACGUCGUCAUUAUGAUGCUGGAUGCCACAAAGGGUGAAGUGCAGCGGGCCCUGCUGGAGAAAGAACUGGAAUCUGUAGGAAUCCGUCUGAAUAAAAGCAAACCAAAUAUCUACUUCAAGCCGAAGAAGGGUGGAGGUAUAUCCUUCAACUCGACUGUCACACUAACUCAGUGCUCCGAGAAGCUGGUACAGCUCAUCCUCCAUGAAUAUAAAAUCUUCAACGCCGAGGUCCUUUUCAGAGAGGAUUGUUCCCCUGACGAGUUCAUUGAUGUGAUUGUAGGCAACAGGGUCUACAUGCCAUGCCUUUACGUUUAUAACAAGAUUGACCAGAUCUCUAUGGAGGAAGUGGAUCGUCUUGCUCGGAGGCCACACAGUGUUGUCAUCAGCUGUGGCAUGAAAUUGAACCUGGACUACUUGCUGGAGAAGCUCUGGGAAUACCUGGCACUUACCUGCAUCUAUACCAAGAAACGAGGACAGAGACCAGACUUCACAGAUGCCAUUAUUCUACGGAAAGGAGCUUCUGUGGAGCAUGUGUGCCACCGGAUUCACAGAUCAUUAGCCAGCCAGUUCAAAUAUGCCUUGGUAUGGGGGACAAGCACAAAAUACAGCCCUCAAAGAGUGGGCUUAACCCAUAUGAUGGAGCAUGAAGAUGUCAUUCAGAUCGUAAAGAAGUAGCUCUCUUUGCUGCUCUUUGCUGGUGCCUGGCCUUGUCUUUAAUCACUAGAAUUGGAUCUGACCGCAUAAAAGCAAAACUAAACAAAAAAAAAAAAAAAGAAAAAAGAAAAAGGGAUAUGCGUUCCACAGCCAAGAAGGCGAGAAGGCUUCUGUGAAGCUCCUUCUCUUGGAGAAAGGCUUAAAAUGAGGCUACAUACAUGCAGGUGGGGAUGGGGAAGAUGGGUUUCCAUCUUGCAGCGUUUCGGGUGAAGUAAUGUUUCUUAAAUAUAUAAAUAUAAAAAAAAAAAAAAGGAAAAAAAAAGGGGAGCCAGUUCUUCGAGGACACAGUUCCUGCAGCCAGCAACGUCCUGCCCCGAUAAGAUCUGCACACGUCUGUGUGUUAACCUACCAGCAGCUUGCUCAGCCAGUGGCAGGUCCAUGGGUUUGUGUGAACAAAUGUGGCCCUGUGCUUUGGAAGAGAGGAACCAGAGCUGGGAGAACAUUGCUGAUGCUUUGCUGCUUAUCUAUUCACUUAAUUUAAGUGUUGAUUUGAAACAGAAAACAAAGUUCUUCCUCCUCUGCUCGCUGGACGUGUUGUCUCUACAGCUUUCGUGGCUGGAGACUUCAGUCUGAGACAAGCCCUGGUGAAUUUAUGAUGGUCCCUCGAUUACAUUAGAACGUGGCACUCUGUGCCUCCUGUUAGCUCUGCAGAGGGGUUUGUAGGACAUCCUUGUCCAACUGGUACUGAGAGGUGAGAACUGAACCCUUGUGAAGGAGUGGUUAACCUGGCCAAACUGCAGCAGGGUCCGAUCAGAGAGCCAUAGGCUGCGGUGAGGGUUCACUUCUGGCAUAUCACGGCCCGAGGAGUGAUCUUGGGAGUUUCCUCCGCUCUUGUCCUGCCUGUUGGUCCCCAGGAGCAUUGCUGGGGGUGUGCUUCUUUCUCAGUCCUGCCCCUGCGUUCCCCUAACAGCUCUCUGGGCUCGGCGCCAUCCCAUGCCAUGGGUUUUACCCCAGCCCUGAUUAACGGUGUUUCUUGUUUGGAUAUUUUUUCCUCAGAAAUCUGGGAUUUUUUCUAAUCACGCUUUUUCAUUAAAUAUUGAUGCUAAACAAUUCAGAGUGCCUGAUAGAGAGCGGCUCUUUCCUUCUGGGAUCAAGAGCUGCCGAUAGCUUUUAUUUUCUUUCAUUGGAAAAGAGUUCAGUCUGAUGUGGAUUGUUGACUGUGAGGACAGGUCUGAUAGCAAACUUGUCUGAGCAGGGCUCCUUCCCUCUUCUGUGUUCCUCCCCACCCCUCACAAACUGAUCGAGCAGAAAUGGAAGGAAUAUUUUAUUUGAGAAAAUAAAAACUGCUAUUUCAUGUGA